UCAGACAGAUGCCUGAUCAGUACACACACACACACACACACACACACACACACACACACUGACAACACUUACUUCACAUGCUCAAUUCAAGUUUUUGUGGAAAGUAGUAAUUGACAGAAGUGUUAGCCCUGCUGAUAAAGAAGUUUAGUCCUUCCACUCAGAAAGGGAAAGGCACUAAAGACAGAGCUCUUGAACUACUAUUUUGAUCAACCCAUCAGGAAAAGUGUCAAAAUCAUGAAUGGACCAGUGGAUGGCUUAUGUGACCACACUGUAAAUGAUGAAGGUGCUUUCAUGUUCACAUCAGAGUCUGUGGGAGAAGGGCAUCCAGAUAAGAUCUGUGAUCAGAUCAGUGAUGCUGUGCUAGAUGCCCAUCUUCAACAAGAUCCAGAUGCCAAGGUUGCUUGUGAGACAGUGUGUAAAACAGGGAUGGUGCUGCUCUGUGGGGAGAUCACAUCCCUCGCCGUUGUUGACUAUCAGCGAGUAGUUCGAGACACAAUUAAGCAAAUCGGCUACGAUGAUUCAGCUAAAGGCUUCGACUACAAGACUUGCAAUGUUCUGGUGGCACUGGAACAACAGUCGCCUGAUAUUGCCCAAGGUGUUCAUCUGUACAGGAAUGAAGAGGAUGUUGGUGCUGGUGACCAGGGGUUGAUGUUUGGCUAUGCAACAGAUGAGACAGAAGAAUGUAUGCCUCUCACUAUUGUCCUCGCUCACAAAUUGAACAGCAAGUUAGCAGAGCUGAGACACAGUGGUGAUCUCCCUUGGCUUAGACCCGACUCUAAGACACAGGUCACUGUUCAGUAUACCCAGAAAAAUGGAGCCGUCAUCCCAGUCCGUGUUCACACCAUUGUGAUAUCUGUGCAGCAUGAUGAAACCAUCUCGCUGGAGUACAUGCGCAAAACCCUGAGAGACUGUGUGAUUAAACCUGUCGUUCCUGCCAAAUACUUGGAUGAGAAAACAAUUUACCACCUUCAGCCCAGUGGGCGUUUUGUCAUUGGGGGGCCACAGGGUGAUGCUGGCGUUACUGGUCGAAAGAUCAUUGUGGACACUUAUGGAGGAUGGGGAGCCCAUGGAGGUGGUGCCUUUUCAGGCAAAGAUUAUACAAAGGUGGACCGGUCAGCAGCAUAUGCAGCCCGCUGGGUGGCCAAGUCUUUGGUGAAAGCCGGGCUGUGUCAUCGUGUUCUGGUUCAAGUUUCUUAUGCCAUUGGAGUGGCUCAACCUCUCUCCAUUUCACUGUUCACUUAUGGAACUUCCCAGAAAACAGAGAAAGAGCUACUGGACAUUGUGCACAAGAACUUUGAUCUUCGACCUGGAGUCAUUGUCAGGGAUUUGGAUUUAAAGAAGCCAAUUUAUCAGAAGACUGCCUGUUAUGGUCACUUUGGCAGAAAUGAAUUUUCAUGGGAGGUGCCUAAGAAACUUGUGUUUCAACAAUAAUGGGUCCAUCCGCAAAGCAGAAGUGAAGAAGAUUCUACUAGUCAAUAAGAUGUUGGCAGAAAUCAGCACUGACUACUCUUUAUCCAGCUCAAGGAAUUUCAGAUUUUAAAUGGACAGGAUAUUCUCAUGGGAAUUAAUUCUUACUCUCAAUCUUAUCCUAUUUCAUUGUCAAAAACACUAAAGGCAGAGUCUUUUUAUCAUCACAAGAAGACAAAAUACAGUUUAUUUUACUGCUGCUAUGUUGGUUCCACGGACAAAGGCAAAAUCUGACUAGGACAUACAAACCAACGUUUGGGCCUUA